AUGGAGGAUUGCAGGACUGGAGGUGUGGAGGCGGGGACCCAGAAGGGGCUGGAGCAAAAGUUAACGUUAACAGGUUUAACCAGGCUAAGGACAAGUGUGGAGACAGUGGCCAGAAUAGCUGGUGGAGAGCGGGGACGGGGUGUCCCAGACCUGUGUGGUGUGGAUGAUGAUGGCGCACCCUCAUCAUUAUCAUCUUUUGUCUUUCGAUUCAAAUUUUGUACUGCUGCCAAUCAGUCAAACUCGACAGCAACGGUAACCUCGACGGUAUCCGGCACUUCAGCAGCGCACAAUCAAUCGACUAAUGCUGAGGAAGAGGACGACGAUCCCAUACAUACCUUUCUUAACAUGGAGAGUUACUUUGAAAAAGAACUGAUUACGCUAAUCCAGCAGGAGGACAUGAUCUACAACUACGGCAACGUGAACUAUCGCAAUGUCAAGCUCAAGAUGGAGGUUUGGGAGGAAAUCGCCAGAAAGCUGAAGAAGUCGGUUAAACAGUGUCGGCUGAAGUGGAAGCCUCUAAGGGACCAAUAUGCACGAGAGCACAAGCGACUAAGGACACUGAUGCACAUAGAGGCCACUUCGCGUUGGAAGCACUAUGACUCGCUCAGUGUUCACGCCAAAAGGGCGUUUAAUUUCAGGAGAUACAUGAAACAAAAGACGCUGGAUAGCGAUGCGCAGCUCAGUAUCGAGAACUACAUCAAUGGGGAUGCACAUCAUGAUGAUGAGGAGGAAGAUGACGAGGACGAGGAGAUGGAAACCACAACGGCGGCGGAACAAACUCCUCAGCAGCAAGAGCAGCAUGUAAUGACUUAUGAUCACGACGAUGGAGAGGAUGAUGAAAUUGGUGCGUUUUUCAAGGCAGUGGCCAUGAAGAUACGAAAUGAUCAGCUGGAGGCGGUGGCUUUCACCGAACUGCAAAUUGAAAUUCUGCGUGUCAUUAACGAGGCAUUGAAGAACCACUAG